AUGUCGGGCAGCAGCAUGUCUGAAACCAAAACCAGCCAGCGGUUCCACAGCCUGAAUGCCGAGCAGGUUGAAGUUCUCCAUCAGGUCCUGUCCGAGGUGGUCCCCAUCCAUGGACGUGGGAACUUCCCCACGCUGGAGCUGCGUCCUCGAGACAUCAUCAUAGCCGUAAGGACCAGGCUGCAGAAGCAGGGGAUCACUGUGAGAGACGUGCGCCUGAACGGCUCCACGGCCAGCCACGUCCUCGUCCGAGACAACGGGACAAGCUACAAAGACCUGGACAUCAUCUUUGGAGUGGAGCUGCCCAGUCAGGAGGAGUUCCAGGUUAUUAAAGAGUCCGUGCUGGGCUGCUUGCUGGACUGCCUGCCUGCCGGCGUCAACAGGGAGCGGAUAAGCAGCUCGACGAUGAAGGAGGCCUACGUCCAAAAAAUGGUGAAGGUCUUCAAUGACAAUGACCGCUGGAGCCUCAUCUCCCUCUCAAACAACAGCGGCAAAAACCUGGAGCUCAAAUUCGUUAGCGUGUUGCGGAGGCAGUUUGAGUUCAGUGUUGACUCCUUCCAGAUCAUUCUGGAUCGCCUCCUGGAGUCCUACAUGCAGCAGGAGUCACGGCAGAGAAAUAAUAGAGUUGAGCUGAAGGAGCAGGAGAGGCAAAAGGUCCUGGCAGAGAGCAUGUACGGUGACUUCAAAGCAGCAAUGGACCACCUGCACUACCGCCUAAUCGCCACCAGGAACCCAGAGGAGAUUCGGGGUGGUGGCUUAUUAAAAUACAGCAACCUGUUGGUCAGGGACUACCGACCGGCCAGCGAGACUCAGAUAAAGACACUGGAGCGCUACAUGUGCUCACGCUUCUUCAUUGAUUUCCCUGAUGUGCAGGAGCAGCAGAGAAAGAUCCUAUCCUACUUGAAGAAUCACUUCAUUGGCGAGGAGAGGAGCAAGUACCAGUACCUGAUGACGCUGCGUCGCGUGGUGGAUGACAGCACGGUGUGUCUGAUGGGACACGAGAGGCGUCAGACACUGAAUAUGAUCACAGUGCUGGCGCUGAAGGUUCUAGGAGAGCAGAACAUAAUUCCCAACACAGACCAUGUGACAUGCUUCUACCAGCCUGCCCCGUACCUUGCAGAGCACAGUGCCCCCUAUCUAGCAGAACCCAGCUACUGCAGCUAUUACAUACCCCAAGGGGGAUCAACUCUGCUUUACCAACCUUACCCCUUACACCUGCACACACAAACUGGACUAGUGUAAAGCACACACACACACACACAAACACACACACACACACUCAAACACACAUAACACAAGGGGAAAGGUGCUUGCCAUGACGAAAAAACUGGAGAAUGGAAAUAUUAUCCAGGGAUAAACUGUUUGGUCUAUAAUAGACCUAUGCGGGCAGGAUUGAGUGGGUUUUACAGUAAACUCCCAGAGUUCUCUGUGAGGUUCAAACAUAAUUAUAUGUAAUUAUCUGGGCUUUGUGGGAAAAUAAUAAUUCUUCCGAUAUUGUUAGAAUUCCAGAAAAUGCUGUAUGCACUGCAUGAGUCAUCGCCCUUUGGUCUCCCUGGGAAACCAACUGUGCUGUUGACAUUCACACACAUGCACGGACACACAAACACACACAAACAUACACACACAUGCGCAAACACACUUCCAGGUUCUUGAAUUGUCGUACACUUUUUUCAUGUUCUUACUGUGUUGUUCUUAAUGGCUUUGUUCAGAAUGUGGACCUUGCCUGUGGUUGAUAUUGUGCAUGGAUAAAUUAGGACUGUUCUCUCACUGCCAAAUACUGUGUGACUACUAUGCUUCUUAACCAGUUUAAUGUAACGUCGUUAUUCUUUUACUGACAGGGGUGUUUUCUGAAAAGAUACUGAAGGACAAGUCUGCGGUGUGUACAGUACUUUUAUCAAAAUGCACACAUGCAUGCAUAACAAAAACACACAGAUAUACAUGCAUACAUGCAUACAUACGUACAUACAGUAUACUGUAUGCACACAAAGUUAGACAAUGCAUGAAUAGCUGAAUAUAUAAUUCACAUCCUGAAGUCAAAGCAAAGGCUUUUAAUAUAAAACAAAUCUAUCUAUUUUUGCAAAGAUAAUACUCAGUGGUAAACAGACUGGUUUGUUCCUACAGAAAAAUGCCAACAACAAUGCCUUUGCAAUAGACUGUACUGCGCAUCGAUUACAGUAUAUUGUGUGCAAAUACACUGAAUUGUUUUCAGGUAAAUUGUGUUGAGAUGUAGUGCUUGAUUUCUUUCCUCGUGGAGUCUUUUCUGUAAUCACGUGAAGUAUUGUACCAUCUAGAGAUGAUUUUUUUAAUGCUAAUGUUUACUUAAGUGGAGGUAGUCAGGUUACAACCAUCUUUGGGUCACCUCUAAACAUGGCAGACGCACGUCUGUCCAAACUUAAAGGAAUUCCAUUUAAACUCCUCGCAGCCUGAUUCAGCAUACUCAAUUUAACUCAGUUCAGAAUCAACAAGUUCAAAUCCGCAUCAAACCUGUUUGAAUCUAAGUUGAGAUCCGUGCAACAGCCAACUAUGACCAAAGAUGGUUCGGUAGGGAAAUCAAGUGCCUAAAUGUGAGACAUGAUUGGCAUGUCUUUAUCUCACUGCA